AUGAGAAGUAAACAGAAAAAAACUGUUCAACCGGACAGCGACAGUGAUUCAAGUAUGAACGAGGAGGUUGAUAGCAAGCAACAAGAAUUGGAAACCGAUUCUGAUGAUGACCAGGAUGAGAUGGAGGAAAGCCAUAAUCAAGCUAUGACGGAUAGCUCCGACGAUAGUGGUGACGAUGAUGAAGAAAAACCUACAACAAGUAAAAAGUUAAAGAAGUCAAACGACGUCGAUGUUGAAAAUUCCAAUGAUGAGAACAACGAUGACGACAAUGAUGAGGAUGGUGACGAAGAUGAGGAUGACAACGAGCCCGAAGUAAGAAUGCCUGUUCUGAAUCCACUAAGCCUAAUGCGUAACAAGGAACAACGCAUGGCAUUGUUUCGAAAAAUGAAGAAGGAAAAACACAAGAAGAAAAUGCAAGAACGCAGAGCUAGACGUAAGGCUGGUGUACCGGCAAAUCCCGGUCACACUAUCGAAAGUUUAAGAGAAAAAGAUCAAACAACUGUAACGAAUCUCGACGAUUCGGACAAUGAAGAAUUGCGUAAAGAAUUGCAAUUGGACGAUUUCAGUUCGUAUUUUGAACGUUCUUACGAACCGAAAGUUCUCAUAACAUUUGCCGAUAAUCCGGUGACAAAAACACGUAAAUUUGGCCUGGAAUUGGGAAGAAUUUUCCCGAAUGCUCUAGUGAAAAUUCGUAACAAGUCAUCGGUGAAGAAUAUUUGCAAAUCAGCCAUACGAGAAGAGUAUACCGAUGUUGUCAUAAUUAACGAAGAUCGUCGCCAGCCAAACGGUUUGUUGGUAAUACAUUUGCCCAAUGGACCGACAGCUCACUUUAAAGUAUCCAAUGUAAAACUUACCUCAGAUAUGAAACGUGAUCACAAAGAAAUAACUAAACAUCGCCCAGAAGUUAUUCUGAAUAAUUUCACGACACGUUUGGGUUUGACAGUGGGUCGGAUGUUGGGUGCUCUGUUCCAUCAUGAUCCCGAAUUUAGAGGACGUCGUUCGGUUACGUUUCACAAUCAGCGCGAUUACAUAUUUUUCCGUCAUCAUCGUUAUGAAUUCACCAAGGAUGGCAAACGUGUAAAACUUCGUGAAUUAGGUCCACGUUUUACAUUGAAAUUAAGGUCUCUACAGGAGGGGACAUUCGAUAGUAAAACAGGUGAUUACGCUUGGAUUAUUACCAAUAAGAGACACGCCCUGGAAGCAUCGAGACGUCGUUUCCAUUUAUAGAUU